AUGGAGCAAACUGGUUCCAACGCCGAGGAUCGCCUCAAAAAAUGUCUAGAUUUUCUCGUGCAGAAUCCUGGAUUUGCAGUGGCCACAGCGGCACGAAAUUUUGGCGUCACGCGUGGGACCCUCCGACGAAGGCUUGAUGGAAUCACGCCAAAGAAGGAGGGGCGGCGCGCCCCCAAUACAAAGCUCACGGAAGAAGAAGAAGAAGAGCUUUCUUCCGAGAUCCGGAGGCUCAAUGAUAAUAAUGUCCCCACGCCGAAACAAUGGAUUUCGGACGCGGCUAACAGGAUAAUUCGAGCUCGGUCUUCGGACGUUUUGGAUCUUGUCACAUCACGCUGGGUUGACCGCUUCAUCACACGCAACGGCCUGUAUGUUCCGAGAUCAGAUAGGCCACAAGGCUUCAGGCCCGGAUUAUCACAAUCCGAGGUCACUCAGAAGACCUCGAAACAUCACGUCGCAGUAAUCGGUGCCGGUGUCAUUGGCCUGUCCAUCACCCUGCACCUGAUCCGCCGCGGGUAUCCCGUCACGGUUGUCGCGCGAGAGCUUCCGGGCGACUGGGAUAUCGAUUAUGCCUCCCCUCGCGCUGGCGCACACUUUCGGCCCGUCCCUGUCGAGACCAAGCAAGACGCUUUCGAAAACACCAUGAUGCUCGAGACGUACGAGGAGCUCAAGCGCAUCGCUGAUGAUCCCGACAUUGAGGAUGCGGGUGUGGCACUCAUCACAGCCGUAGAGUACUUUGACACGACGCCCACAGAGGACGAGCUGGACAUGUUUGCUGUCUGGCCAGAGUAUCGCCUGCUGGAGCCUGAUGAAAUGCCCACAGAAGGGACGGCCAAAAGCAUCAAGGCUGGACUGACGUACUCUGCCUGGGUCAUUGACACUCCAACCUAUCUUGGAUGGCUUCAGGGCCAGGCAGAGUCGCUCGGAGCCAUCUUUGUACGCUCGAGGCUUGGCGCCUUACAAGAGGCGGCAUUCGUGGCCCAAGAACACCGUCCAGACAUGGCAAUGCCCAAAAUCGUUGUCAAUGCGAGUGGAACUGGCUUUGGCGACACGAAAUGCUUCCCAACGCGUAGCCAGUACAUGCUCAUAUCAAACAGCUACCACUCGACAGUCUCUCACCACUCUGCCGAUGGCCAUACUACUGUCGUCAUUCCUCGUCCUUUUGGGGGCACCGUCAUAGGCGGAACAAUAGAGCCGCACAACUGGUCACCAAACAAUUCACGAUUGGCCAUUGAAAAGAUCCUUCGGCGCGUUGCAGCCGUCUGUCCAGAUCUUCUACAAGUCCCCGCAGACGACUCCUCUUUACCGCCGGCCAUCAACGUCCGGCAGGCUUAUAUCGGCCGCAUACCAAUGCGCAAGGGCGGGCUACGCCUAGAAAAGGAAGUGAUUACCUUCAAUCUACCUUCGGAAGACAGUCUUGAUAAUGAGCUGUCGUCCAUGUCUAUCGUUCACUGCUACGGUGCCGGGCCCAACGGAUUCAAAAUUGGAUGGGCCAUAGCAUCUCGUGCCACCAGUCUUGUUGACCAAUGUUGCGCCGCAUCAGGCAACAGUAUAUGA